AUGGGUGAAGCUCCAAAGGUGCGUUUGUCACUAAUGCAGAAGCUAAUGGGAUCCACAGAGCUGGAGCUCAAGAUAGUUCUGUUGGGUCUGGAAAACGCUGGUAAAACCACACUGCUCAAGUGUCUCGCCUCGGAGGACGUGAACACCAUCACACCAACCCAGGGUUUUAACAUCAAAAGCGUGGCCUCUCAUGGAAUGAAACUGAACUUGGACAUCGGCGGACAGAGAAAGAUCUGUCCUUUUUGGAAAAAAUACCUAGAAAAAGAUUUAUUGGUUUAUGUCAUAGACAGCGCUGACAAGAAGCGGUUUGAGGAAACAGGUUUGGAGCUGUCAGAGCUGAUAGACGAGGAAAAUCUCACAGGCGUACCCAUCCUCAUCUUUGCGAAUAAACAGGAUCUGGGUACGGCGUCUCUGGCCAGCGAGAUCGCCGAGGGUUUGAACCUGCACACAUACAGAGUCUGGCAGAUCCAAGCCUGUUCGGCGGUCACAGGAGAGGGUGUGCAGGAUGGUAUAAAUUGGAUCUGUAACAACCUCAUCAACAGGAAGAAAUGA